CAGGUCGAAGAUAGUCUGCUCGUUAAGGAUACAGGCCGACUGAAACUAAAUAGAAACUACAGAACAUUCUGUUUAAAGUAAUUUUAAGUCGAAAAUGCCAUAACUAUGUGAUAACGAGGUUAUUAUAGCCAACCUUCAUGCUUGCGUUUGUGCCAGCGGUGAUUAGGCUUCAUGUGAGCACUGUGUGCAGACGCAGGUCAUCAGCCCUUCGUUAACAUCAGCAGUAACAGCGCACCGUGAUUCGACAAGGAGCAGCAUCCUCUGCCAACAAGCAAGGGUUCAAAAUGGAGUAAUGCUGAAGACACACAGUCAGGAGUCCCUCUGAAUGUAAUUCCACAUCGACAGAAACUGUUUACUCGGUGGAAAAAAUUGGAAUUUUAGAAGCCGCGGGGCAGUCAUCGUCAUUCCUGCUGUCGAGCUAGCUGCAUAAAACAGUCGAGAAUGGAGCCGUCAGAGCAGUCAGGCCCAGACUCGGUCUCUCAGGAGGUCAACCCUGUGUUUCUGCAGCAGCUCAGAGAGCUGGACAUCCCAGAGGAGGCAGCCAAACAGGCACUUCUCCACACUCGGAAUGUGUCUGCCGAAGAGGCGGCCAUGUACUACUUCAACAAGCUGGAGAAUGAGGAGGAGGGAGACGAUGAUCUCAUGUUCAAGAUGGUGUUUGUGGUGAACAUGGAUCUUGCCAUGGGUAUUGGAAAGGUGGCAGCCCAGGUUGGCCAUGCUGCUGUGGGUUUGUACCAGGCUCUACAGGAGAAGAACAGCUGGAGGGAGAUGGCCUGGAAGUGGGACCACAGUGGAGCCAAGAAAGUGGUGGUCCAGGGCACCAAUGUGGCUCACCUACUGGAGCUGCAGGCUCUGGCCAUGAGCCUCAGCCUGCCCACCUACCUGGUACAGGAUGCAGGGCUUACCCAGGUUGAGGCUGGGUCCCGCACUGUCCUGGCCAUCAUGGGUGAGGAGGAGAUGGUGAACAAUGUCACUGGGAGUCUGAAACUGCUUUGAGGGGCUAAAACCCACGGUUGGGAAGGCAUGGCUCUGCAGUGCCAUCAUGCAACCAGCAGUGGGCAGCAUUUUGCAGCAGCAGGGAGAGUCUUGGCAUGCAAGAGUGUAACAACCUUUUAAAAGACCGAAAGAACAGGGCAAAUGUCCCAGCACCAGAAAACAAACACUCUCAGCCAUUUGUUUCCCUUUUAUUCUUUGUCGCCGCUUUGUCUGCCAUUGAGAGCAGGAGGAGUUCUUCAUAGGGGAAGAAGACGAAGGCAGUCUUUCUCCGGUGACCUUUCCCUCUUAUUAAACAGGCCACCUACUUAGAGGAGUCUUAUUGAUGACAGUUUUCAAACACAUUUAGUCUGUUGUCCAAUUUCAGAUAUGAAAAGGUCAAACUGAGUUUUGUUAGUGGUUGAACAACAUUGUAAUUGUGCUUAUUCAAGGGGCCAUGUAAUGUAGCCUAAUAAACAGUGCAAUUACAGUUAUGCCUGUAGCGGAUAUAUUUCCCUGCUGGAUCCACUUCUCCCUGAGUGAAAAAUAACUUAUAACCUGAUUAAUAUGUGAACACUAUUUUCUUUUUAUUUUAAUUGAUUUUGUGUCUGUAUGCAAUUAUCCUCCCAAGGAUCCCUAUCCUACAGACUCAAUAACGUCACUCAUUGAUAUUGGCUAUAUUUGUAUACAUAUGCCUGUUAGGGCCAUAUACCGUAUAAUCUGUGGUGUGCCAUCCUAAACAGUAUGCACAGUUACUGAACUUUGUUUUAUUGUAAUUUUUUCUUUCUGCAACAGGAAACAAACAAUGUGUUACAAUUUUUGAGUUCAUUGGUUGAGUUUGAUGGUGGAAGAGGGGGAGCCUAAUGUCACACAUAGUUAGGGUUUGUGCUAGGCCUUUUAUGCACUCUGCCUGUUGUGGAUAGUUAUAAUGGACCCUAACCCAAUAAUGGAGUUGAUCAGUUUACAUCUUGAGAGAACACAGAUGAUGUGUGUAUGACAAUUGUUAUGGAGUUGGUAAAUAGCCUCGCACAUUGAUCAUCUUAAUACACAAAGAAUGAUGUGUGAGCUGUUGUGUGUCUGUGCCCUCACUUACAAAAAAGUUGUGGCUUUGAGCUGCCACUUUGAGAAUUGGAAGCUCAAUGUUAAAAAUGACAUUUGUAAGAGAAAUCUUCACAAGAAAUGACAGUGUAAUGCAUGCUACAUGAAAUGUAUAUUUAAACAGAUCACUGGAAUCUUAAAUUUCCGUCAGUUUUAGUAACAUGUCCACACUUUGAUACCUCCUGUGUUAUACAGUAAUAUGUUUGAGUACUCCAGAUUAUGGAGACAAUUAAAAUGCCUCAAGAUUAAGUAAGGAGAAGCCCGAAUCAUGUUUUUACCUUCAGACUCAAGCAUUCACAGAGACUGUGCUUAGAGAGGGGUGUGCUUGGACUGUAGCAGUGAAAGCAGUGUGGGGGAGGGUUGAACACAGCCAUGUUGCAGUGCGUGGUUUGGACCAGCCAUAUGACAUUGCUUUUUCACCGCAGUAACAAUGGCAGUGCUGUUGAAUAUGGCCGCUGCCUACCAUGGCAGUCCUGUUUAUAAAUUGUUGAACUAUUAACCUCAUGACAUCCUCUCGGAAUUAUUCUGCUGAAGGUAACCAAAACAAGCGAUAAGGGAGUAGACUCUUGAUGUUAUUUCAAUGUGUUUUUCAAAUAUAAUCCACUGACUAAAAAGAAACACUUUCGUCCAUGA